CAAAGAUGUCGCUAGCUAGAGACCCUAGGGGGUAAAUUUAUUGGACAUCAGAUCGAACGUCCUGUGAAUCUCCCAUUAUGUAUGAAUGCAAGAGAUUCGUUGCAAUAGUUUCAGACAAAUAGCAGAUGUAGGCUUAUCACAAUAUCAUUUCAAAUUGUCGCGAUGCAUGCCCAAAUUUCUGCCAUAUCGCGUUUCUUAAUCACUCUUAUCUCGUUUAACAUAUUGGUACGUGAUACAGUCUGCCUCGAUAAGAUCUACCGCAUCACGAGUGUCACUUAGUAGAAAUUAUGAUGACGCCGUUGGAAAGGCAGGCUUGAGGCGCGUUUCAAGGUUUCCCCCUGCUAAUAUUUUAUAAUUGCUUAGUGACUGCUACCGACGUCGCGUAACGCACAGGUAGAUCGCUCUCGCGAUCGCUCUCCAUUACGAGAGAUGCGCGGUCUCCCCCGCAUUGCCGCAUGAGGAAUGCCAGGUUUUCACGGUCGUUGCAUUCAAGUAACGCGUGCGCAGGCGAAUGCGACAUUGUGGACUUCGCCUUCGAUUCAAUCGUUGCGGUCGUGUCGACCGUUUGCCUUCGAGUCGUUCGUUUCGGCCUAAAUUUUAGCCUAACACGCGAAAAAGCGGCCUGUUUCACUCGGCAUCUCGCUAAUUGACACGUAGCCGAACGCAACGAGAUGGCGGAUGAUUCGAGCGUACGCGUUGCCGUACGAAUAAGACCUCAAGUAGCUCGUGAGGUGAUUGAUAUGUGUAGGAUUUGUACUCAAGUACCUCAAGGGGAACCGCAGGUUUUUCUUGGACCUGACAAGGCCUUUACAUAUGAUUACGUUUUCGACACACAGUCAGAUCAAAAUUCAAUUUAUGAAACAUGUGUGAACCAUUUAGUAGAAGGUGCAUUAGACGGAUACAAUGCAACAGUUCUUGCCUAUGGACAGACUGGCUCAGGCAAGACUUAUACUAUGGGCACUGGUUUCGAUGUAGAAGUAGAUGAAAAUAUAGUUGGAAUCAUACCUAGAGCUAUCAAGCAUCUUUUCAAUGGAAUAGCGGAUAAACAGGAACGUGCGAGAGAACGUGCACAGAUGCCUCCAGAAUUUAAGGUUACAGCGCAGUUUUUAGAAUUGUAUAAUGAAGAUUUAAAAGAUUUAUUAGAACCAGGAGGACCGAGAGGAGGUGCCCGUAUUCAUGAAGAUACGACGGGCAAUAUACACUUAGCCGGUGUAGAACCGCGAAUCGUAACUAGCCUCGAACAAGCACUGGAGUAUCUUCGUUUGGGUGCAUUAUCGCGUACAACAGGAUCCACACAAAUGAAUACCCAGUCUUCAAGGUCGCACGCUAUAUUUACAUUAUAUAUUAAACAGCAAAGAUGCAUCAAAAUCGAAGAUCCGGAUGCGGAUGUUGACACGAGCGGUGCCGAAUUGGCGAACGAGUUCGAAAUGUUAACCGCAAAGUUUCAUUUCGUCGAUUUGGCGGGUUCCGAAAGAUUGAAAAGAACUGGCGCUACCGGAGAUCGAGCGAAAGAAGGCAUUUCUAUAAAUUGCGGAUUGUUGGCGCUAGGCAAUGUCAUUUCUGCCCUGGGUGACAAGACGAAGAAAGCUUUGCAUAUACCAUAUAGAGAUUCAAAGUUGACCAGAUUACUUCAAGAUUCUCUUGGAGGAAAUAGUCAAACUGUCAUGAUAGCAUGCGUAUCGCCAAGUGAUAGAGAUUUUAUGGAAACGCUAAGCACCUUAAAAUAUGCGAAUCGAGCGAGAAAUAUAAAGAACAAAGUUACCAUUAAUCAAGAUAAGAGUUCGAGGACGAUCGCUUCGCUUCGUCGUGAAAUUCAGCAACUUCAAUUAGAAUUGUUGGAGUAUAGACAAGGCAAAAGAGUCGUUGGUGAAGACGGAGUUAAUGACGCUUGGCAUGAAAAUCAAAUGUUAAACAGCGAACUGCAGAGUCUUCGGACCAGGGUGAAGGCACUUUCGGAAACGGUUGAGGCAUUAACCGCCAAGAAUGCUCUUUUAUUAGCUGAGAAAGUGGCAGGUCAAUGGGUGACUGCGUUGGGUGGAGGUGACGAGCAGGUUACCAGUUUGGUGCAAGGCUAUGUUCAAGAAAUCGAAGAGUUAAGAGCUCGUCUGCUAGAAGCGGAGGCCAUGUAUCAACAAUUAAAAAAGAGACAGAUGCAGGUUAAUGCGGCGAAUCCAUACGGAGAUAGCUCGUUUCAUCCUGACUCCUCGACCUUAUUGGUCGACGCUAAGAAAGAUCUCGAGAAGGAGAUCGAAACGUGGAAAGCCUUGAAGGAACAGUACAGCCAUGGUAACACCAGCGUUAAGACAAUGGACGAAGGGGAAAUCGACGAUGCAGAGAAUGCGCAGGAUUCUGUAAGCGAAGACGAUUCCGACGAUGAUUCCGAUCGUAAAGAUUCCAAAACACGAGAGGAAGACGAGGAAGAAGCGGCCAUGGGUCGCGAAUUGGAAGCAUUAACAUCGGACAUUGAUGUAAAGCAACGCUUGAUACAAGAGCUCGAGCUCUCUCAAAGACGCUUGCAAACUAUGAAGCAGCAUUAUGAAGAUAAGCUGGCACAACUACAAGCUCGUAUCAGAGAUACGCAAGAGGAGAGAGACAAAGUGUUGAUGUCCUUGCAACAGCAACCUGCGCCUCCCACCGAGAAGGUGAAGAAAUUACGUGACGAAUACGAGAAGAAACUCUCCAACAUGCAGAAGGAGAUGCGACUUUUGCAAUCCGCCAAGAAGGAGCACGCGAGAUUACUGAAGAAUCAAUCGCAGAGCGAGAAUAGAUUAAGGGGCCUACGAAACGAACUUUCGGAGAUGAAGAGGGCGAAAGUGAAACUUCUGAACAAAAUGCGUGAAGAAGCGCAACGGCAUAAGGAGAAUGAGCUGAGACGCAACCGAGAAAUCGCGCAGUUACGUAAGGAAAGUCGCAGGAAUGCGAAUGUGAUCAGAACUCUGGAAGCCGACAAAAGAAUGAAAGAAGUUGUGCUCAGACGUAAACAAGAGGAGGUAACGGCACUACGAAGAAGAGACAGAGGCUUGAGUCAAAAAGCCGCUGGCCGUACACCAGCUAAACCGAUUAAUCCCAAGGCACUAAAACAAAGGUGGCAGACGUUCGAGAGGACGAUCGCCAAGCAAGCGCUGGCGAAGCAGGCCGCCGCAGAAACGGAGAGAGAAAUGGAAAGAUUGCUUCAAGAAAGGGAAGAGUUGGGGAGAGAUCUAGAGAAGCUCCAGAAGCACAGAAACGUUAUCGCAAACUCAAGAGGCGACACUGCGGACGUUGACGAAGAGAUCGAUAAUGUGAAGAGUAAAAUCAGCUAUUUGCAGGACAGUAUCUCAGAGUGCCAACGAGACAUGGUUGAAAUGGGCGACGGUGAAGCGGAAGGUGAACCCGGAGUCGAAGCCCUUAUCUCCACCAUCCGAACGGUGGACGAGGCGCAGUACUUACUGCAACGAAUGCUCGCAUUUACCGUGGAGCAAAGCUGCGUAGCCGCACAAAAGCAACUGGAAGUACGAGACAUGGAGUCACGACUCAAUCAAGUUGCACAAGAGAGCGACGUACAGCAUCAGUUACUGGAGCACGUAUUACGCGACAGAGACCUUUUAUCACUCACGAACAAUCAUGAUAAUGCAUUAGCUUACAGCCCGGCCAGUUCAAGAAGCUCCUCUCCUGAUAACGAAAAUUAUGGCCAAAUUAUACUCGGUGAGGAGAAACAGCGCAACAGUAAGGUCAGAAGAAGAACGACGCAGCCGCAAGAACUUCUUUAUGGUAUACAUGCUAGUCCGGAGAAUUUAAAAACAGACGAUCAGAAUCAAAAUCAUAACCACCCUCUUACAAGGGUUCCUAGUGCACCAGGUAGCCUGAAAGGACUGGUGUUAACGAGGAGUCAAUACGGCAGCGCUGUGACUGGUGGAUCGCCAACUUUGACUCGUCGCGACAGCACGUCGCCCAGAGCUCUGCGACGGCCGAUUCAUCCAGGUGGAGGCUCCAUGGAGCAGGUAGCGCACACGGAUAUAUCGUCGCCUCCUGGAUCCCCAACUACCUACAGGCGGUUCAAUAGCCGCGAAGAAAACGUUUUUUCGAGACUAACCGCGAGUAGGCAGCCAAUCGCGUCCGAACCACAGCCGAUGAAAGGAAUUAUUUCGCAAUACCAAGGCAAGGCGCAACCACGAGCCAUUUUACAAUGUUCCCACGUAGCCGAAGGACACAGCAAAGCAGUCCUUACCGUGUGCGUAACGUCGGAUUCACUCUUCAGCGGUUCAAAAGAUCGUACCGUAAAAGUGUGGGACUUGGAAACGGGGAUCGAGAGUCUAACUCUAAGCGGACAUCCUAAUAACGUCGUCGCCGUGAGAUAUUCCGCCGUGAAUCAGCUCCUGUUCAGCGUAUCCGCGGCGUACGUCAAAGUCUGGGAUCUGAGGGCCGGCAACAACUGCAUAAAGACAUUGUUCUCUUCUGGUCAGACUCAAAGUGGCCCCAUCGCGCUGUCGACUCCGUCUAGGACGCUCCAACUGCCCAUGGGCGAGACGACGAUCAACGACCUGGCGCUCAGCCUGGACGAGCAGGAACUGUACACAGCGUCCAGCGACAAAGUGCGAAUAUGGGAUCUGCGUAAACUGACGUACACCGGUAGAUUGAGCACGUCGCACACCGCGGCAGUCAUGUGCCUGACCGUUGCUGAAGACGGUCGAGUGAUAGCCGGCAGCAAGGAUCAUCUGAUAUCGCUCGCCGAGGCGAACGCGUCCGGGCCAUCCGUCAAUUUGGCGCCGCCGCAUUAUGACGGCGUAGAAUGCCUCGCCACGAUCGGUUCUACGCUAUUUUCCGGCUCCAGAGACAUGUGUAUCAAGCGUUGGGACUUGAAUAAGAUGGAAUUAGUUCAAUCCCUGAACAACGCGCACAAGGACUGGAUUUUAGGAUUGUGCACAAUAAAUAACGGUUCGGUGAUGGUCUCGGGAUGUCGCGGUGGUGUGUUGAAAGCAUGGUCCGUCCCUAAGGAUCAUUUGGGGGAAUGCACGCCCAUCGGAGAAGUUCGAGCGCACGCUUCGGCCAUCAACGCCGUGGCGACCAACCAGCAGCACAUAUUUACAGCAAGCAACUCUGGGGAGGUGAAGCUGUGGCGUAUUCCCGAUUCCUCAUUAUCUAUGUCUAUCUCCACAGUUUCCCUUUAACUUUAUUUGCUUCUUGCUUGUGCGUCUCACUGCUAUGCGUCUAUCUUAUAUUUUUGUGGUGAUGCGCAUGUUUACUUCUACAAGUUAAACUGUGUCUUUUUACACAUAACAACGGCAGAUGAGUCUGCAUCAUUUGUUACGUCUAUGACAUACGUCGAGUGUUAUCUGGUAUAUCUGGUUUUCUUUUCCUUUUUUUUACACAGUAUUAUGUAUUUCCUAACGCUUAGAGUGUGCCGGAUGAAAGUGAGCGCGAGUGAAUUUCGUGUCCACAUAUAUAUAUAUAUAUAUAUAUAUUAUACUAUAUAUUUACAUUUGCAUUUGUGUCUAGGAGUUCAUGUGAUCUAACUGCCAGUAUAAGGUCCUUAGACAUUUUAAAGAUUGAACUCAUAUGUUGAGAGAGUCGACUUACAAAGUACACCGAGUCAACUUCAUUGCCUAACUUCGUAUGCGUAUUUGUUGCGAUUAUAAAGUAUAAAACUGCUUUUUUUCUCCAGCUAAUGGAUCAAAAUUACACAUAAGAAAAUAAUCACUUACAUGACUGUAUGUUUCUUAUUAGUUUAAUGUGUAAAAACGUUUAAUUUAUAUAUGUUAUUAUUUGCUUCUAUGUUGUUUACUCCAAUUUGGUGCUUUGCAUGGUCAUCGUGUCGAUACGAAGUGACGGAACUGUGAGAUUGUGGAACUACUGUAAACGAGAGACAAGGACCUUCCAGAGGAGCAACUCACUGAAAAGCUAAUAUUUAUGCAUCGUAUACUCCGUGAUAAAUUUAUGUAUUCAACUUGCAAUUAUAUACGGUUUUAAUUUAAUCUAAAUGAUAAUGCACCUGAU